AUGUACGCUGUGCAGGGGGCGGUCGACCAUAAUAUUUUGAGCUACUAUAAUUUGCAGGAUCCGAAUCCACUAGAGUGGCCGAAAGAUUUAGAUGACAGCGAAGACGAAGACGAUAAUGCUAAAUCGCAGAUCAGACGAUCAAAAUCGCGGUACUCUGCUCUCGAAAGAGCUGCAAGUGAUCGGCGUACGUUGUUACCCGGCUCGCAAAAGACUCGUGAUGGAAAAGCCAAUCUCGUCCAGAAAGACGAGACGGACCCAUUAGGAGGUUCACGAACGGUCAUCGCUUCGUUGAGACAGCGUCAACUACCCGUGGACCAAGAUGUCCGUCUCAAGAAUAGGUUCUUGUUAUCGUCAACCACCUUCGAUCCUUCUUACUUCCUUUCCCAAGUACAUCCGGACGCCUCGGUGAAUGACUUACUUCAGGGCUUGCGCUACCUGGAACAGUCGAUUGAUCAAAAAUCGGCAUCUCUAAAAGUAUUGGUGGAGACAAAUUUCGAGCGCUUCGUGCGAGCCAAAGCCACCAUCGACAAUGUCUACACUGAAAUGAGGAAUCAGGGCAUGGAGAUCAACACAAACGCGCCACCAGCCAGUCCACGUGGUUACCGACAUUCACGGCAGGUAAGCAGGCAGAGUGGCGCGCAUCAAAGAAUUACCAGUAUCGGGAGUGUAGGACCACCACCUCAACCAAGCAAGAAUGCUCUUCGCAAAGAAACGGAGUAUGGUGUGGCUGGUGUCAAAGGCCCCCUACUGGAAGUGGCACAGAAAGCCGAAGAUGUGUGGGGUCCUGCUUUGAGUGGACGAGAACGUGAAGCAGGUUUGAAAGCUAUUGCAGAAGCUGUGGAGAGAGAUCGCAACCUAUAUGAAAUUGGUGGAGAAAUGAGCAUUGCUGCUCAGCAGAAAAACUACGAGCGUGUAGUGGACUUGUAUGGCCAAGCCAGGACAUAUGCAGAUCAGGCUACAAGCCUAGGUGAACAGGUGGCGCAGAUGGGCCAGACUUUGACCGAUGAACAAGUGCAUAGAUUGCUAGUUACUGGCAGGAUGUGGGCCGAUGUGCGUGACCAAGUUGAAAACAUCAAGCGAGAUAUCUGGCGCCGAUUAAGCAAUUUACACGACGUCAACUCACCUCACAUUUCGAGCCAAAGCGAAGAACAUAUGGACCUGAUAGGAGUUCUCCUUGAACUUGGAGUCGAAGACAACCCUAUCUGGGUGUGGCUGCUUAGCAGGUAUGACCAUUUGAAGAACAAGAUCUCAGCUGUCACAGAGAGGUCCAAAAUCGAAAUCGAGAUCUUGAGGAGAAGGCUUGCAACUGCCGAUGCACCACUCCCAGAGUCUGCGGCAUUGUACAUUCGUUCUGUCGCACGUGAAUCACCAGAAGCAGCAGACAACCAAGAGAUCCUGGAUUUCUGGAGAAGUGUUACAGUCUACGUCAACAAGCUUCUGUCCUUGACACACGGUCUUCUUGGUGAAGUAAUUGACUUCUGGGACGUCGCGAAAUCUUUCAUUGAUGGUAGCAAGCAGAAGUCAUUGCCUGUUGGGUUCGAAGGUGAGAGUCGCAAGCACCAUAGGUUGUCCGAUGCGGGCAUGAGCGAUCUCUCUAAUGGCACAGUAGAGCUCGUUGAUAUGAUUCGUGAUGCUCUGUCUGCACUGUUUGUCGAAAGUCCGACAGAAGACAUAUCUGCUAUUUUUUCACCCAUGACGAAUGGCACGCCUCGAACGCCUGCCACCCCUAUGUUUUCACCCUCCGAAGGUCGUCUAGGCAAUAUAGAUGAAACCAAUAUGCCUCCUCUUUCACCAAAAAGGGGCCAAGCCUGGGAGGACUUUGCCUUUUGGCCUCCUCACUCGAAUGCGAUCAGUGCUGUACAGGCCAUCACGAAGAUGCUCGUUGCUCUCGGAGUUGGUUGCGGUGAAAUGGUGGCUAUACAACCUGUACAACAUCACAGUACAACACCCGAAAAGAUCAAGCGCUUAGUCAAUGCAGCACGAGAGCGAUGCCUGACUGCUGUGUGUAUUGCUUGGUCUACAGAUUUGGAGCAUUGCACAUUUUUAGAAGACUGGUUACGGUCACCCGAGAAGCGAAGUCAGACGAGGCUGCCCACCUAUUUUUCGGCAUAUGAGCGCACGGUGCUUAAUGGAUUACAGCACAUCACAUACUACUCCGAAGGCAUUACCAAACCUAUUGCCAGGUCUUUAAUUACACCUCCAUCCUCAAAGAACAUCCAACUGGUCAGGCAACGGUUCGCUGAGAGUGUGCUCUCAGUACUGAAGGGUAUGCUACAGACCUCUGAACAAGGUGUCAAAAGCGACAAUGACGAAUGGAUCCGCAUGGCCGACGCUUUUCAGAACAGGACAGGCGAUACUGCCACACAAGCCUCGUACAGUAUCGAUGCUACCAAUCGAAACAUAAGAAUGUUGCUUACGAUUGCGAACCUCAAGGUUUUCCGAACAGAGCACAUUCCAUCUCUUGUCUCAAACUUUGAGACUUCGUUUUCAGUGAAGCUCACAGAAGAGACUGAAAAGAUCAAUAAGCAAUCCUCGGACAUUGACCGACAGCUCUUCCAGUCAUACACGAGACCAGCCGUCUUUUACAUUACUAAGCAAAUCAAGAGCGGCAUCAACGCACCUACAUGGGAACCAAAGACCACAAGUCCGGAUCAAGUCAGUCCGUAUGUGUAUGCUUCCUUGAUGGUGCUUGUGAACAUCCACACGGAAGUGUCUACGACGGUAGUCCUUGGAACCACUUCAGGCCCUUCUCUUCUGCAGGAGAUACUUUCUUACAUGCUCGAGAACACAUCUCAAGCACUCCUAGAUGGCUUCAAGGAGCGCAAGCCUAGCAGAUAUUCUCUUGCGGCGCUGAUCCAAGCUACCCUGGACACAGAAUUCAUAGCACAAACCAUGUCGCAAUAUGCUAGCAAGCGCACCAAUGAGAUACAGAACGAGAUCUACGUGGAGCUUGAUAAAAGAACGACGAACGACGCUCGGGCGGAUCUGCAGAAAGAGCUUGGGGUCAUGCGAGGUGUACUGAAGAAGCUCCGGGAACAGAGCAGGAAUAGCUUCGGUUGCUUCAAGCGUCCUAAGUCUAAUGAAAAGCCAAAGACAGAGAGGCAGCAGAGCGAGAGAUAA